AUGAUUCGAGACAACGAGGGAAAAAAGAAAAGAAAGGACAAACUAAAUAAUUUCAAUCUACUGCUAAGCAACAUUGCAAAGCUGAAGGUUACCCUUCCGGUCAAGGACGGGCAUUCGUCUGUAUUACCGGUAAUACUUGAGAUGUCGAAAAUGUCACACAAUCCCACUCCUGCCUCUGUUCCAAUUGAAAAUUCUGCUUUAGAUUCUGUUGAAGCAGCUAAAGCUAAACAGAAUUCUUUACGUGAACGUUUAGCUGCAAGACGUCAACUUUUAGCUUCUGUUACCCAUUCUACUAAAACUUCGUCUUCCGCUUCCUUACUUACAAAUAAUAGCAGUACUGGAAUCGGUUCAAUUAACAAACCUUUUAAUGUUAACCAGUCAACUGUUUCUGUUAUCGAGAAUGCAUUGAAACGAAAACUUGGUGAUAAUAAUAUAACGAGUGUGUCGUCUGAUACACUUUCAGUUCAUUCUCAGUCGAAUAUAACUUCUUUACCAGGAUUAUUGAAUUCGUCAUCUAGUAGCUGUGAUAAUAUUGGAAAAUGUCCCUGUCACAAAUCGCAAAAUGUAUCUACUGUCGAUUCGAAACAAUCAGAUCACAGUUGUAAUUUACUCGAUAAAUCAUCUGAUUUCGAAAAAUCAAUCCCUAAACAGUCAAGUAUUCAACAAUUGAAAACAUCACAUCAACACGUAAUCCAUACAUCAGAAACAACGCCAAUAGACUGUGAACGGAAAUCCAAUUUUUCUAAUAUCAGAAAACAAUGUGAAAAUAAUGAGUCAAUAUCCGAUAGAAAUAAACGUCCACCUAAUGAUAAAUGUAAUCAUUAUCAAUCUACUAUAAAAGAGACUAAUCAUGAAAUAGAAUUUGAUUUAGAAAAUCUGUUGGGUGCUGAAACGAUACGUGAAAAAGAAAGUAAACGAAUACGUGAAGAAGUUAUGGAAUUAUUAAACAGGCAAUCGACCAAAGAAAGAUUCCUAACCGAACGUUUCCGAACUCAAGGAGGCAGUCAAGUACAACAGUUUUGUUCUUAUGGUACCCGUACUGAAUGCUCAAAAGUUAAAUCACGAACUGGUGAUAAGAAACGGUGUAAUAAACUUCAUUUCCGUAAAAUUAUACACCCACAUACGGAUGAAUCUCUUGGAGACUGUUCAUUCUUGAAUACUUGUUUUCAUGUUGACACGUGUAAAUAUGUUCAUUACACAAUAGAUUAUACAGAUAGUGUUAAUCAACAAUUAGAUGGUGGUGUUGCUAAUCGGAAUGUGUUAAAUAAUAAGAAAAAUAAUCAAAAUGAUAAUAGUUCUACAACAAAUACAAUGUCUUCGUCAUCAUUAUCAGUAUCAUCGUCACAAAUCAACACAUCUUCAAUAGAUUCAAUUGAUGACGGUGUCAGUGUUAGUGGCGGUGGUGCUGUAAAAGACAAUGGAACAUCACUAAUUUUAUAUCCACCUCAGUGGAUUAACUGUGAUAUACGACUGAUAAAUAUGUCAAUCCUUGGAAAAUUUGCUGUGAUUAUGGCUGAUCCACCAUGGGAUAUACACAUGGAACUGCCCUAUGGAACAAUGUCAGACGAUGAGAUGAGACGAUUAGAUAUACCUUGUUUACAAGAUGAUGGUUAUAUAUUCCUAUGGGUAACAGGAAGGUCAGUGAAUGUUUUUUUUUCAUAUAAAUUACAACUAAUAAGCUCGAUUUUAACGUACACUAGUGAUGUUUUGUUCUAUACCAGGAGAUCUGAAAAUCGUUCUUCCAGAUAUUUAAGUUCCACUUUUCGGGUUAUGUGUUUAAAAAAUAUGUUUCAGAUUGGAUAGUUCCAUAAAAUUAUGUGAUGUGUGAAUCUACUUCGAAUGUUACUUAAUUUAAAUGGUGAACCAAUCGUUACAUAUGCGUAUUACUCUACUUAUCUUGACAUGUGAUGCUAAUUAGCAUAGUAGAUUAAAACAACGUUCAUAAUAAUCAAAUUAAAGCGUAAGACUAGUUCAUGGAAUAACUGAUUGUUGAGAUAUGUGUACUUCCUGUAAUUGGAUUUCACAUGAGCAAUUGUAGGAUCUACGUAACUUUCUUUUAAUCUAUUUGAGUUCUAGACAUAUUGCUGCUGUGGUGUGUAGCGUCUUAAACUGUCAUAUUCCUUAAUAAAAACUCUGACACCUUUCUCAACUCUUGCUUCAAAACUCUGUAAUUUGGAUGAUUACCUUCUAGUUAUUUUUUAUUUCAAAUCACAGAGCUAUGGAACUUGGUCGAGAAUGCCUACGUUUAUGGGGUUACGAACGCGUAGAUGAGAUUAUAUGGGUUAAAACUAACCAAUUGCAACGUUUAAUUCGGACAGGACGUACAGGACAUUGGUUAAAUCAUGGCAAAGAACAUUGUUUAGUUGGUGUAAAAGGCAACCCAAAAGUAAGCUGAAAAUGAAUCUUAUCAGUUAUUAAUAAUUCAAUAAGAAUGACCAUUACUGGUUGGCGUCGACACUCAAACUAGCUGUAGGAAAUGAAGUAGUUCAGUGGGUCAACUACUUCACUUAUCUUGGAAGUCUCAUAAAUCCUGGUGGGUUGGUAUGUGAUGAACUUUCGGUAUGGAUUCAAUAAGCUCAAUUAGUUUCUGCUAGUUUACAUCACUUGUGGUGUAGAUGAGAUCCCCGUAUCCCAACCGUGCAGCAAUACCUCUCUGUUCUACAUGACGACAGCGAAAUGUGACCUUUAAGAAUUAAGGGUAUUUGUAAACUAUUAGUACUUGAUCAUAGAUCUGUUUAAAGCAUUGCCCCCAUAUGUUGGGACCACCGGAAGAGCAGUGGUUAGGUCAGCCGUAGGACAUUAAAUGUCACAAAUCGACUGAGGUGGUUGUGGCGUGCAUUACGUAUACCCAAUCACCGCCUACUUCGAUGUGAUAUUUGGUAUUGUGGUAAGUUAGAAGGAACCAAUGAUGGGCGGACCAGAACAUAUUUGUCCAUGAGUGCAUUAACUAUUGACUGCAGACCAUCUAGUUAAGGUCUGCAUAACCAUUGCAACCGACGGUUAGAGAUGAGUAACAUGUAUUAGAAUCGGUCGCAGAUGCAUCCACUAUUUGUCUACCGUUAGAUACUGAGUUUAUAUUUUACCUUAUACAUUUUAUACACAAAUGGGUCCUUUUUAAAUCAUGUCUAUGUUUGAUCUUAUCUAUUACUACCGUUACUAUUUCUACUAUUCUCUCACUUGUGUUGAUAAUUUCAUUUCGCUGCGUUAAUGUGAUGUGGCGACGUGAACCAAUUUACAUAUGUACCAGGUUGUAUGUUACGUCUGACUAACUUUAUUUUAGGGGACAAUUUUAAUUAUAUUCUUACACCGAUAUUCGUAUUUUUCAUAAGGGUGUAAAUCGAGGUCUCGACUGUGAUAUAAUUGUCUCUGAAGUUCGUGAAACUAGUCAUAAACCUGAUGAAAUCUACGGUAUAAUUGAACGAUUAUCUCCUGGUACGCGCAAGCUCGAAUUAUUUGGACGUCCUCAUAACUUACAGCCUAACUGGUAAGAAUCUAAACAUUUAAUUAGUAAUAUUAACUAAACGAAGUCAUCGAGAAAAGCAUAUAUAUUAAUUUUACUCUGAAACCAGAGAAUUAAACUGUGUCAAACAUGCAAUAUGAAGAGUAAAUCCAUGUUCAUUUUUCAGACAUGUAUAUUCUAAUUUAGAUUUACACUAGAAACAUAAAUCAAAAUGACAGAAUAGUAUUUAUUGAGUUAUCUAAAAAUAUUUUCACUUCCAUGAAAAAGUACUUGUUUAACACCAAGAUCUAGUUCGCACAAUAUAUGUGACCUUUCAGUAUUUUAUGUAGUAGCUAAUAGCAUAUUAAACAAAUCAGGCGUAGUAUGUUAUUUCAAGGUAGUAGAGUGUUAAUUAGAAUACCAUCUACAUAACAAUUGGCCUAACACGACUCAUUGUAGGCAAAAAAUCUACACAGCGUCGAUUUUGUUCUUGUUGUCAUUUACUAGUAAACCAAUUAAAAUCAUAUAGAUAGUAGUUCAUUGUUUGUUUCAAGUUCUUAUAAAUGCACAUAUGAAAAUUCUGAUUCACCAGAAAGUGGUGGUACAACCAAUGAGGCACUAUACUUGACUAAUCACUCACUAGCGACUAGUGUCAUGUCUACCUAGUCAUUCAUUCAGCCGUAAUCGGAUUUUACUAAUUAGGUUGCUGUGUGAUUAAUAGUGUGAGUAAAUCAUCAUCACGUUCAUUAUGUUUAGAUGUUAGAUGGUUGGUGCUAGGUUUCUCACUAGUUUUUCCUCGUCAGCAAGGCGUACUUGCAGUCUCGAGGGGACUGAUGCUCCACCGGAGAUCCGGACUUGCAUCGUCCGCCGUGAUACUCUGGAACACUACUACUUGAAUAACUCAGCGGUAAGAUCCUAGAAUGUAAAGCUGGGUGACGUGAGUUUCAAUCACACAGGAAGCAUCAGUUGCAUCAAGAUCGCAGGCAAGUCAUACGGAUCAGUGCUAGUUAAUGCGAAACUUGAGUUCAGGACUUCCUCUCACCACUUAAUUAAGGCAACAGAAUGUGAAAACUGCAUCCUGUUUCCUAAAUCUUUGAUCCUAAAAUGGAUCUAGCGUGCUCGGUUUAAGCGUUUGCAGAGGAAACGAUGAAACAACCUGCUCCCUGAUCCUUACUAUCUGCUCACUACUUAAUAAAUGGUCCACCAUAAGAUUAACAGUGCUAUUCCAUACUGUUAGUGUUUUUCACUUUUGUUUUAAUCUUUUAACAAAAAAAUACCACAGGAUCACGCUUGGAAACCAACUGGACGGAACUUAUUUGGUUGAUCCAGCAGUUGUUGAAAGAUUUAAAAAACACUAUCCAAAUGGUUUGGAUAUAAAAGUCAAAUAAAAACUAGACUACCAUGUAUUAAUUCUGAUUUAUACAUACAUCUGUACACUCGAUUCAUAAACUCAUUGUAAAUAUUGUAAAAAUAUAAAGAAUAUUACUGU